GGAAAGUCAAGGACUUCCGACACAGGCAGUCCACAGUCAUGGUUGUGUGCAGUACCUCCAUAGUUCCCUUGGCGCCAGCUUCUUGUCCUGUAACACCUACAGCUAUUCAUCCCUAUCCUCCUGGACUAUGCUCACUGAGUCCAGUAAAUGCUAUGACCUGCAAUCAAAGGUAUCCUACUAUCCUAUCGACGGGUCCAAUUUUAGCCUCGACUCCUGUGCCUUGUCAGCCUGGUUUGUCAACAUCGCCAGUAAUUCGCUAUAAUCAAGCGUCCUCUAGUUCUCAAAGUACACCAAGCUCCACAGACACUUCUCCGGACAAUUCGAAUGUUUUUACGUGCAAUGUUAUGGCUCCAAAUAAUGGUGUCCUAACUUCAAAUUUAAUACCUUGUACAACGACUAGUAUAGUGCCUUUAACAAAUGGUUUGUCUCCAGUUAUACCUUAUAGUCCCCAAGGACCACCUACAGCGACCAUUCUGCACUGCAGUCCGAAAUUAACGUGCAAUCAAGGAACUGCAACAAGCUCUAUGUCACCAGUUGUGCAGUGCAAUCAAGGAAUAUAUACUUGCAGUCCUGCCUUGCCAACUUCAGCUGUAGUACCUUGUACGCAAAGGGUGAUAAAUGGAACAUCGGUAUUGCAGUGCACCCCAGGCGUGUGUCAGUUUACACCUACCGCCGUUCUUCCUACUGGAGCCGUAGAAAUGUGUCCGAUUCCGCCAACUCCUAUAUUAUCCAGUAAUGCUGCGGUCUAUCCUAUCACACCACCACUCCAAAUACCACAGAAUGUUUGUGCGGCAACACCAGCUUCUCCUUGGAAGCAGUCCUA